CAAUAUGACCACGCACCCAGCAUGUGUGAAACAUUGAAGACGGCGAGGCGGAAAGGUCUGCGAAGCCUCGCACAGCUGUGUCUCGCCAGAUGUCCUUCUGACUAGUCCAGCCAGACCUGCUCCAUUCCUACUAUCCUUUGAUCGGUCGACGGUGGAAGCGUUUUGUGGAAUGGGGUACGGCGUGAAGAGUCUGAGAGGAAGAUAAAUCCCACGUGGCCGUGGCAAUUGUCUCUCGGAUUCCAGCAGUCGUUCACUCUUGCGCCUCCGUACGGAUUAUCGAUCGUCAAACUCCUCCCAGCGAGCAGCUUGUUGAACUUUGAAGCGCGGCCUAGGCACUCAAUAACACCUGCCCCUCAGAGGUGUUCCGCCCGUACAUGGUCGUUCAUGAAAUUACACGAGCAACCGACACCGCUCACAGUCUCUACAUACCCCAGACUCAUUGAGCAACCACUCCAGCUCGCCAUGCAUUCUCCCGUGCUCUCGCGACGCGCGAUAUCUCUCCGCUCCGUCCCAAAUAUAGCCCUCCUUUGGCUCUUGGCUGUGCACUUGCACUCCUCUGCCUCAGCAGCGCCUAUUUCCUCAAUCACCGUCCAUCGCGUCCGCCAAGAACCCACGCCGCCAGAGAGGGAGACAUGGGCCAUCAGGAACAUGUCCCGCGUCUGCUCGGUCGGGGACAACCUCUGCGAGUGGAACUUUGUCAUUGACACCAGCCCGCCGUCGUCGCCGGGGCACCAGGGAUCCCCGGCGGAUCAUCACGCCACCAUUGCCGCUGCCGCCGCCGCGCUCGCCGGUCACCACGAGAGCGUGGAGGAGGGCAAAAGUGGUGGGGAUGAUGUCCUGGGUACCUCUGGUGCUGGGAGUCGUCGUAGUCGUCGUCAUCAUCUUCAACGGAACAACGAGGCAAGGCGAGAGCAAGGACCCAUCUCGAUUCUGGAUAUGUUGAGGGUGACGAUCACCGAUGCCUUCGCCUUGUUCUAUGGACAUCAUCAUGACAUCAAGAGCGGCAACAACAACAACACUGAUAUGCAGGAUAGCCACGACGGAACCCGCAUACUAGCAAGACAACACACCGCAGCCACAGCCUCCAAAAUGACAGCGGCGGCAGCCCUCCUCACCCCCUGUAGACACCUCACCUACUCCGACCCCGGCCAAGGCAUCCCCGCCUCCCGCGCGACCACGACCGCAAUAACCACCUGCGGCGCAUUCAGAGUGACCUCUGGUUGGACACGCGCCGUCGUAAGAGUCGGCAAUGCCGCUACCGCCGCCGGGGCCAGUGCUACCGGGGCCAGAGUUAGUGGUGGUGGUGGUGGUGGUGGUGGUGGUGGUGGGUUCGAUGAGAUCAUCGCUGCCGCCGCCGACGAUGACGACGACGACGACGGCUUCACGGUGCUAAGCGUCGUCGAUGCAGCGCGCGGCGUGCUCGUCUGGCCUGCGUACUCGGAUUCCGAGCUCCUCAGCGCUGCGGCGGGCGGUGCGCCGGUCGGGGAUAGGAGGUAUACCGUUGAAAAGAUUCCGUGAAAUCUAGCCAGUUUCCCCUUUGGCUGGAAAAGGGGAUAUGUGAGUGUUUGGGCUGAUUUGCGGUCGUGGAAGGGGCGAGUUUGUGCUGGAGUGGAGUUUUAGGUCAUUCGUUGUCUUCCCUGCGUGUCGGGUCUCUCUCCUUUUCUACUCUUUCCAUUUUCUAUUUUCUUUUCCCCCUCUCUCGGAGCAUAGGGUCCAGUACCAGGAGGAGAUAGGAAAAUGAAGAAAGCACACUGAUUCAAAUGUCUUUCGAACGAUCCAACGUC